UGAAAAUCACUUGUUGGACCUGCAUUAGUUGAUCAAUCCUGGAAAUGUCUACUCCAAAGAUGAGCAGUUUGUGGAAUUCAUUCAAGGGAUGGUCGCUAAAGAACAAACCUGAUGACAGCAGACCAAUACUUGCCUCAUCACCCCUCGAAGGAGAGAGCUACAAACUGGAAGAUGUUUUUUAUAUGGAAGAGGAGAUGCAGUCCAUGGAUCCUGCUGGACCUGGGCCUUGCCCAGAGACGGGCAUUGAGGAACCUGUCGUACCCAGGAGGCAGAGACGUAGUUCCUUUGUGGCAAUGGAUAGGAGGAUAACACUAUUGUGGAAUGAUGUGUGGGUGCAGACAAAGGUGAAGAGGAGAGGGAAGAUUUGUGAGAAGAUUUGUGGGAGGCUGGAGGAGCGACCCAAAGUGAUACUAAGAGGAGUGAGUGGUUUAGCAAGACCAGGGAAUCUGAUUGCUAUUAUGGGAGCAAGUGGCGCUGGCAAAUCAACCCUGAUGAAUGUUUUGACUGAGCACAGUCUUGGAAGCUUAGAGGUCAGAGGUCAAGUAUCAGUGAGUGAUUCAAUUAAAAUACUACCAUACAUGGAUGAGGUAUCAACGUAUAUCCAACAGGAGGAUGUGUUUGUUGGAUCCCUCACCGUCAGAGAGCAUCUCAUUCUUCAGGCGAGACUGAGGAUGUCAAGAGGAAUCAGUUUGGAAAGAAAGUUAGAACGUGUGGAGGAUAUCCUGGAGCAGCUAUCACUAGUGAAAUGUGCAGAUUCAAGGAUUGGUAAUCCGAAGACAUCUGGAAUAUCGGCCGGGGAGAGAAAGCGGCUGUCAUUUGCAUCUGAGCUUCUGACCAACCCACCACUUCUCUUCUGUGACGAGCCUACAUCUGGUCUGGAUUCCUACAUGUCUGAGACGCUAAUCAGUAUGUUACGUCAACUUGCUCUUGAAGGCCAUACUAUUCUCUGCACCAUUCACCAGCCAUCGUCAGAUAUCUACUCCAUGUUUGACCGUUUGAUCCUGAUUGCUGACGGACGAUGUGCUUAUCAAGGCGAUGUAGACAAGGCAGUGGCUUAUUUCGCCAGACUUGGUUACCAGUCACCUGAUGAUUACUGCCCUGCUGAUUUCUUCAUUGACACACUUUCCAUCAGACCUGGCGAAGAAAAAAACUGCCACAGCAGAGUCGAUGUUCUGUGUAAUGCCUUCGCCUGUAGUACUGAGUCCAGAGUCGUCCAGGCCAGUAUUGAGGAGGAGAUCUUUCAAGCCAGGACUGUAUAUGAAUCAAAUGAUGAUCUCCCAUCAAGAACAAGAUACAGGGCCACCUGCUGGCAGCAGGUCUGUCUUCUCCUCUGGCGAUGUGCGAUAGAUGUCCUCCGUGAGCCAUCGUUGCUAAAGUCAUAUCUUGUAACAUCCAUCGGUCUUGGCAUCUUUCUUGGACUUUUGUAUUUGAACCAACCCUACAAUCAAUCCUCCAUCCAAAACAUCAAUGGCUUUCUCUUCCUGAUAGUUGUACAGAUCAGUACAACCACACCUGCCAGAAUUGCUGCAGUCAUUCCAAAUGAGGUCCCACUCGUCAGUAGAGAACACCGCAGUGGAAUGUACUCUACAACUUGGUACUUCUUGGCAAGAUUUUCCAUCGAGAUAGUUACUCAUGUUUCUCAGAGUCUCGUCGUUUUUGGAAUCGCUUACUACAUGAUUGGGUUGAACAGGAAUAUAUUAAGCUUCCUUGUUGCCAUGGGAACCACCGCCUUGAUGGCAGUAACAUCUGUAAGCUUUGGUGUCUUUCUCUCAGUAGUCAGCCCAACUUCAGAGAUCGCUCUCAAUCUCAUGAUUCCAAUCUUCUUCCUCUUUACAUUAUUUGGAGGUUUCUACAUGAAUCCACUAACCACACCGGUUUACUUUAUUUGGGUCCGAUUUGUGAGCUGGUACCCGGCUGUGUAUGGGAUGCUACAGGUGAACCAGUGGGUUACCAUCCAAACUUUGGACUGUGAGUUGAACUGCACUCAACCUUGUUUGGAAAAUGGACAGCAGGUUUUGAGCAAAUACGGCUAUGAAGAGGAAAACUUUGUUCUGGAUUUGUCGCUGGUGUCGCUGAUGUCUCUGGGAUAUUUUCUACUGGGCGGCCUUGUAGUCAGGAUGCGGUUGAGAAAGGAAAAGUGAAAACGACUAAAGCAGACGAUUGAUAGCCGCAGCAACAUCGCUGUCGACAGUAUUCAGGUUUUCUGGCUGCUAGCCUUCAGAAUGACAUUUUAUUCCUUGCAGGAUUUUUCUCAAAAGCCGCAACUCAAGUCCACCGAACUUUCAACAUGAAUAUUGUCCUGUUUAUCGUACUCAAGUUUGCUUCAAGUGGGUGUUGUAAAUCUUUUCAUGGUUCUGGUUAUAUUUCAGGAGAGAAUCUGGAAAUUAUAGUGUGAUGUCCAGAAGAGCUAAUUAUAUUUGGUGAUGGCAUAGUUUCCCUUUCAAAAAUUCUGCAGGGAUUGUUUCUAUACUGAAAUUGUUAGGAAGGAUGUGGUCAGAUGACACCCUUCUCUGUUAAUAAAACUAGGAACCAUUUGCCUGAAAUUCAGUUCAAGCCAUUGACUCCUAAACCUUAUUUACCGUCGAAAGAGGAAAUAUUGCAUGAUCUGAUUUCUAAGAAUUAUUUUUCAGACACAGUACCGUAAAUCAUGCCAUUCCAGAAUUUCCUGGCUACAGAUGAAUUUCCAGUUUUCAGGGCAUGCAUUUGGUUGUGAAAAAUGUACAUGUGUUUGUUUCGAGUCCAUAAUUGCUUGCUCAUUUAUAGCCAUUAGCGGAUUGUUUUGUUUAAACUCGUGAUAUUUCUUGUUCCUUAGUUCUUCUGCUAUCAAAUAGGUUUAUUACUUAGUCUUAUUUUAUAAUUUUGAAAGCCAGAAUGGCACCCCCUCAAUGCACAAAUCUUUGUCCGGAUUGUUUGCGCCCCCUUUCAAUAAUGCAGGAUCCGUAGCUGAUGUUGUUGUAAUAAAUGAUACUUCUAAACAAACAAACAAACAAACAAACAAACAAACAACUUCGAUCAGUAACUGUUUGGUGACUA